UUAUGACAGCUGCGUUUGACGUGGCUGAACACCAAUCGACGUGGAUGGUGUCGUAGCGAACAACAAACCGUAUCUUUUGCCAGUCCGCCGGGAGCCGCGCGCAGCAGUUUCAGUACAUUUCUCGUUUUCGAAUCGUACGUAGCAUACAAAUAAACCACCAUCAACAAUGGUCAAGUUCGUGCUAGCAUCGGUUGCGUUGUGCUGUGCGUUGGGUUUCGCUGCCGCCAGCACCUGCACAAACCCGGAGGUGAAAACCAACUUUUACUCCACCACGGAUGCUACGAUCGUGAGCCAGAUUGGGUUUGUGACGGAGUUCACGCUGAAGUGUUCGAACGCCGGAGCCGAAAAGUCGCCCCUGUUCGCGGAGGUUCUCGGCAAGUUGGCCCCGGUUGUGCGCAUCGGUGAAAACAAGUACCAGGUCAGCUGGAAUGAAGAAAUCAAGAAGGCUAGCAGCGGAUCGUACGCCGUCCGUCUGUUCGACGAAGAGUCGUACGCCGCUGUGCGCAAGGCUCAGCGUGCCGGCGAGGACAUCCAGUCGGUGAAACCCCUCACGGCCGUCACCGUUAGCUUCCCCGGCGCGUACAAGGGACCGUGGGUUAACUCGGAGAUUCUCGCCACCGGUUUGGUUGGAUUCGUGGCAUACGUUGCAUUCACGACACGGUCCAAGCUGAUGGCGUAAGCGGGACGUGAACGCUACCGCAAGUUUGGUUCGCGCUUUGUUUCUAGGUUUUCAUCGCAUUUCAUCCGCUCGUCCGUAGCCUCUCGGCAGCAAAAUACCCAGCCUCAACACACAUGUUUUAAAUGUGCGAAAUGCACUAGACGGCAUCCAUCAUAGAGAGAGAGAGAGAGAGAGAGAGAGAGUGAAAGCAUCCCUCACCGGAACGGGAGGGAAAAACGAGGCACAACUAUUUCCGAUUCGACGGAACCGUUCACAGCUAGCUGGUACUUUCAUUUCGUUGGAGACUGAAUCAUGAUUACCUACAGUGAAUAAAAGAAGAAGAAGAGAUCGGUUGGUGUGGCCGUCGGAACCGGAACAUGAAAA